UUCCGAGUGGGUGUGCGUCAGGCAGCAGGAAGAGGAGGUCAAAUGUUGUGUGUAGUGGUUUGAAAAACGUGUUGCCGUCUCCAGCAAAGGUACUGCGUUAGAUAAUUGUGUUGGGAGAAUCAGUAGACGAUACAUUUGAUCAUGAUUCAGAUGCAGUUAUAAGUGCAGCGGUGUCGAUUUGUAGUUUGCCCGUGUCGCGCCAAAUAGGCACUCCACGGAGAUAGCGUUAGCAUUAGCUAACAUUCCAUGCUGAGUGUGCGCAGACGGCUCGAUAAUCGACUUCGGCAACGGACUCAAAUCGCGCCUAUCGCUGGCCAAAUGUACGCACUGUCGUAUGUUUAGAGGCGAUGCGUAUCUCCACGGAACAUUAGCCUUGUAGACACGAAGUGCGUUAGCUUAGCCGCUGCUCUGUCGCAGCCCCUGCUUUGCCUUUGAGAAGUUGAGUCACGGUCACGGCGCUCAUGUUUCACUCCGUGCCCCGUCGUCCGAUCUGCGGGAUCGGCGUCAAAACAAUGACGCUCCAGGGCGGCCGGUGCUUCCGGCGGACCGUCGGCGAGGCCCGAGUCAUGGCCGAGCGGGUGCCGUGGCUGGGCAGGAACAUGGGCCUGCUGCUGUCCUGGCUGCAGAGGGCAGGUGCCAGCCAGGCCGCGGGAUCCGGCCAGAAGAGGAAGGGCUUGCUCUCCAUAUUUGCGGACCACUGCAGCUUCGUGACGGGACAGAGGCUGCGACGCGCCUGUCAGAUCGGCGAGCUGUACUCCAACCUGUACUCGGAGCACACCAGGUGGAGCCUGGCCGGGAACAUAUGGCGCAGAUUUCAGAGCAAGCAUACCCCCGCCGGGAAGCUCGUCGCGGCCCUGGCUGGUGUCUUCAUGUGGGAGAACGAGAAGAUUCAAGAUGAGGAAAUUCGCAGGUGUGGGCUGGAGCUUCAGGAACUGGGAGCUGCAAAAGGCCAAAGCUCAUCCUUGGGGUCUGUGGCCGUAAAGCCGGAUCAGGACUGGGAAGUUGUGAUGGAGAAGAGCGACUUCAGAGUGUGGAAACGGCCAAUUCCCAACAGUCACCUCUAUGAAUACAGAGUGUUGGGCUCCUACAAUGAUGUCACACCAAGACAGUUCUUCAACGUACAGUUGGAUACCGAGUACAGGAAGAAAUGGGAUUCUCUGGUAAUCAAGCUUGAAGUGGUGGACAGGGAUGUCAACACAGGGUCUGAAGUUGUGCAUUGGGCUACACAAUUUCCUUAUCCCAUGUACUCAAGGGACUAUGUGUAUGUGCGCCGCUAUGACGUUGAUGUUGAUGACAACCUGAUGAUCUUGGUAUCCAGAGCCGUUCAGCAUCCAAGAGUCCCAGAGACUCAGGCAUAUGUGAGAGUCCAUUCGUACCAGUCAAAGAUGGUCAUUCGCCCUCACAAGUCCUUCGAUGAGAAUGGGUUUGAUUACCUGCUAACCUACAGUGAUGACCCUCAGACCGCCUUUCCCCGUUACUGUGUGAGCUGGAUGGUGUCAAGUGGUAUGCCCGAUUUUCUACAGAAGUUACACACUGCUGCCCUUAGGGCCAAAAACUUGGAAGUAGGGAUCUACGACUACGCCGCCGCCAUCAAAUCCAUUGACAGCAACCGCCAGCCGAGCCAGGAGCGCCACGGUGGAGAAAACACACACACAGGUGGCCCUGGACCGAUCUACGCUUGAGAUGGACAUUUUCUAGAUCAGGGGUCACAUUGGUGAUGAACCUGAUCAAACGCUGCAACACAAACCAUCUGGGUACGUGUGAUGAACUGCAAAUGGAAGUUGGAACCUACAGUAAAGUACUGAAAGUCCAUCCAUAGACAUGGUUAUAUUGGUUGUAUAAGAGUUGUCUCAAGAAAAAUGCACUGUAUGUAUUGGUGACAGCGUUGCUGUCCUUUGAACCCAAAUGGUGCCAUGGAAAUUGUCGUCCAGAUUGCCAGCAUUGGCACAAUUUUUAUGUAGCAAACCGAUGCCACGUAAUUUUUUUGGCCUCUUUUAGUAAUGAUGUAUGUCCUGCAACCAUUAUCAAGAAGGAGCCAAAACUGCAAAUUGUAGAGAUGCUUUUUUGCCAAAGCACCAUUUCUCUCAAUUAAAUGUUCUCUGUCUUGUCUUCUAUUGUUCGACAAGGCUCGACUUUAGAAGUUAACACAACCAGCACAUGUGUCACUCUUAUCAAUGUCUGGUGUGAUUUCAGCCAUGUCAUUGAGGUGGUUGCACUGGUAGUGGACAUUGAAGGGUUACUACACCUUGUCAACAUUGUCACCGCCACAUAAAACUAUGGCCCAAGAUUUCUGCACUUGAGGCUUCAACGGGAAACACUGUCUAACAAUGUUUCUUCAUUUCAUGGAUUUAAAGCAACUGGUUUCCUGUUUGAUUGCUGCAUGAGCAUUUUGAUCUUCAUAUAACUGGGGGGAAAAAAACUAUUUUCAAAAAUGGUGCUGUGAUUGAACCAUUGUUCACAGAAUAGAACAGUUUUAAAGGUAGUGCUUUUGUGUGUGGGGAUGCAUUGGUUUCGCUGUCAGUAUAGUUGAGGUUUCACAUCGUCCACCUCGCCGUGACUGUGACCGUUCAAAACUGCCUGUGUUGACAAAACAGCCUUCUGAAGGUAAACCAGUCCUUUAGCGUUAGGGGCAUAGUGUCUUAUUGCAACCACAAAACUCCUCAGAUACAAUGGUCCUAGCAAGACAACCCCUACAGAGACACGUUUUAAUAAACCAGGGGGACUGGUUUUUAGAGAAACAUUGAGCACUCGUGCCACAUAACAACUCACUAACACUUCAUAUGAUUUAUUCAGCUCAGAAAUGACUUUGUUAUCCCAGUGUUAAUAGCCAUCACUUGAGUUUGAACGAUAUGAAUUAUGGGUGCAUGUGUUACAACAGAUUAUGGACAUUUAUAAAACCAUAGCCUGCACACUGGAACUCCCUGUUCUUAUCUGUAGAACAAGCUCUGUAACAUUUUUUUCCCCUGCAUUGUGAUUAUAUGGUUUUUGUUAUUAGUGCUGGUCCUACCCAACCUCCAUAUAAUUCCUCCUUCCAAAUCUUUAACUUUAGGGGGUGUUUUGAAUGUACAAAGCACCACAUAAAACAUCGCCUAAUAAAGUACACUGUUUACAUCAUGAAAUUUUUGGUGCAAGUAUCUUAAAUCAUAAAUUGUAAAUAAUCUAUUUAAAAAACAAAACCUUGCAACUAAAAUGUAAUGUCAAAGUGAAUCAGCUGCUUAAGAAGAAGCAGCACAUUGGGUUCCACUUUGUGAAGGCAAUCCCACAUCUAGUAUUAAUAUAUCCCCAUUGUGUCAAAACUAGUAUGUGUAGUUCUAUUGUGGAGUAUUUUACUGCACUGAGACACAAACAAGAUUUUAUUUACCAAAUUGAACAUUAUUCAAUAUUGGUGAUGUUCAUCUUGAGGAUGUAAAAUGAUUCUUUGUCAUAUGCAGACACCUGCCGUGCCACCUGCAGCAGUCAAAAAGUGUUGUCUCUGUUUUUGUGUUUUUCUCUGCAGGAAGUUUAACUUUUGUUAUUUGUAAUUGCGUGUGAAUUACUUUAGGAACAGUCUGGAUGAUUCUAUGAGCUGGUUCACUUUUAACCCCCGUGAUUUCAAGCUUUACUGAAAUGCAAGAGCUACUAAUCAGAUCAAAUAAACCGACCAUGUGUGUCUCA